GCGCCGUACAAAGCAUUGAAACGGAUGUGAUCAUGGCAAUUCACGUGAUCGAUCGUCGCAUUGUCUUUCUCGAUCUCAUUGGCCUCCUCUACUCUUGUGAACGGCGGCCAUCCAGGGCUGCAUAGACGGCCGGAAGGAAGACCUGGAACUGCCAUAUAUAUCACCCCACAGAAGUCCACUUCGAUCUUCCAGAAACUGUUCGCUUGUAUUCAAGCCAGAAUCGGAGGUCUUGUCCAUUGUCUGCGCUUUGCAUGUCCCCCUGCUACAUAUAUAUGGGAGUGGAAGGCUUGAUAUUGGAACAGAAUCUCACCAAAAUGAGCGACCAACUCGAGGCCCACACGGUUUUGUGCCAGGCACCGCGCAGCGAACCCGUUGGUACGAGUGAAACGGUCCAAGGAGCGAAGAACUGCAUCCGGAUGGCUAGUCCCCUCCCCACAAACAUCGACGCGUCAUUCGAGAGCGAUGUUCAUGGCCUCAAGACGGUCACCGCCGAACAGCAGAAUGAGCGACUCCCCUGGCCACCCCACACAAAAGGAGCUAUCUUGCAACGUGAAAAGCAGGCCUUCAAAAGGUCGGCCAUUACUGCGGGUCUCGUCGACGAGCACACCGACACCAUCCUUCCGCGCACCAGCGUCCGUCCGCACUUCCAUUUCGCUCCCAUCGGCGCCGAGACUGCCCACAUCCGCAAAGACAAAACCGCCGGUUUCGUGUGGGCUCCCAAGCAUGCACGUUCGGUCUGCGAGAGCGGGGACUGGGUCGUGCACGCGGGCAUCCAACGUCUGGGUCUGCCAUUCAAGAGCAUUCCUGCCGCGGGCGACGAAGGGGACGAAGACGACGAGGAGCCAUUCUUCAUCCAUCCCGGGAGCAGCGACGAAGACGAGUGCACGUCCUCGGAUCAGGAGGACUCGGCCGGAGGAUCAGAGACGGACGAGGAUGACGAGGAUAAAGAGAACGCCGCGCUGCUUGAAGGGCGCACGGUCAGGGGCUCGGGUUCAAUCUUGAGUUUGCGGCCGCAGUUGAAGGCGUUCGGGCGGGCCCUGUGGCCGUCUUCCGCGAGAGCAAGAGUAGUGCUCGGAGACUUGGCGAUCUUCCCAGGUGUACGCGCGAAGUUGUGAGCCAGCGCUGCCAGUGUACUCGGCGGCAAAAGAGAGACGGGAACAUGUUGAAAACGCGAGUUUCAUUCGGUCUCGGGCCUUGAAGAGACUUUAUACAUAGAGAAUGCAUCUUUUCCAGAUUUUUGAAUGUGUGGUGUGAUA